GUGUCAGCGGAGCCACGGGGACCAGGCGUCCCGGCGCCCCAAGAUGCAGCCGCGGCUCUGGCUGGUUCUGGCCGCGCAGCUCGCAGCUCUCCAUGGCAGCUCUGCCUUCCAGCAGGCCCCUGAGCCCAAAAAUGUUCUGACCAACCAAGUGGUGGUGCUGUACUGUGAUGCUAAAAACUCUCCGAGCAACACGCACACCUACUGGCUGAGACAGCGCCAGGCCCCCAGCAAGGACAGUCAUUAUGAGAUCCUGGCCUCCUGGCAUCCUCUAAAAGGGACUAUGUAUGGCAAUGGAGUGACAAAGGAGAAUCUAACUUUGUAUCGGGAAAUGGGCCGGUCCAUUCUCAAUCUCACGAGUUUGAAGCCUGCAGACAGCGGUGUCUACUUCUGCAUGACCAUCGGGACCCCGGAGCUGACCUUCGGGAGGGGAACUCAGCUGAGUGUGGUUGAUGUCUUUCCCACCACUGCUCAGCCCACCAAGAAGACCACCAGGAAGAAAGUGUGCCGGCCCCCCAGCCCAGUAACUCGGAAGGGUCUGCCAUGUAGCCCCAUCAUCCUCAGCCUUCUUGUGGCUGGCAUACUGGUUCUGCUGGUGUCCCUUGGUGUGGCCAUCCACCUGCACUGUCUGCGGAGGAGAGCCCGACUGCGCUUCAUGAAACAGUUUUACAAAUGAUGAGAGUCUACAUUCUGGGCAUCCAGCUAUAAAAAAACAGUGGUCAGUAAUGAGCGAGAUCUGGACAAACGAGAGAGAAGGGACACACGCGACAGUGCAGAUUUCCUUGCCCUGCUCAAGCUGCCUGCUUUAAAUUGCUGCAAGUUCUUUCUAUGGACCUCAUGCAUGGGGACAACUUGUUGCUUGGUCAUCGGGAGUCUCAGAGACGAGGCUUCAGGGCUCCAGAGCACUUACAGAGUGUGCCAGAGAACUAAGAAUUGCCACUGUGACACCACUUCCAGCUUCUGUACUCUCCUGGGCUGGGACCUAGAUGUUGCCCAUCCAGGCACCAUCUUUAUAAGUUGCUUUGCCCUGGGAGGGCAGUGCCAUUGGCUCCUGGGUCUCUCAUGGGAUAGAACUGGGAUGACACCAUUGAGUAUCUCUCACAGAGAAGCCAGCUUGUAAAUGAGGCUUCCUAAAAAGGCUUGCCUGGCUGCCAGUAGCCAUAUUAGUCUCUGAGGCCUUCCUUUGUGGUUGUGUGGUUGGGAGAAGGAAUUUCACUUCAACUCCCACUAAGAAAUUUCAACUUUUCCCCUCCUGUGCUUAUAGAUUUCUUCUCUCACUCUCUUGUUCUUUUUACAAAAACGUCUUGGUUAUGAAAAUAAAGUCCUGGAUUAAAGUUGAAAGUGGCUCCUGUGACAUAUAAGGACAA